UCGAUCAAUUCUUUGCUUAUGCAGGUGGCAAAUGACUUUCCUAAUACAAUCGUGUUUAAUAUUUCUUAUGAAUGGUAACGACAAUUUUGAAACACAUUUUAUAAUAGUGAUAAAUAAUACACAAAUAAAACAAAAUUAAUAUACAGAAAAAUAAACAAUGUCCUAGUAUUUCAGUUUAACAAUGAACGGGCAGAUUUUUUGGAUUUUCGUUGUGCUGUGCAGUUUAUUACUACCCACGUGUAAGGGAAUGGAAACUCAAUACGAAUGCGGUCCACAUGGCAGGUUUGAAUAUUGUAUCGAUGGAAUCCCAGGCUGUGUGGUCGGAUGUCACUGUCAUCCUGGUUACUAUUUUGAUACCGAAACAAAAGUGUGUGAGCCCAACGUCAAAUUAACUCAAAACUUCAGACGUCUCUACAUGUCAGAACCCACACGAAUCCCGUCACAGUUUACCACUGUUAAUGCGAUUGAUGCAACACCGACAACAAAUAAGGCAUUAAAUGACAACGUUGAUGCCAUAACCAAAGAUGCUGACGACCUAGGUGAUUGGUUGUACAAUCAAUUCUUCAAAACUAUAGAAAAUCAAGUUAUCAACAAAUCCGACAACGAAUCUAUGACUAGAAGAAGUGGCAGUGACCCUCCAAACCGUGUCUCAAAGCGUAAAAUAAGAAAAUUUGGAAAAAAGUCGAAGCGGAAAAAGUUUUCAAAAAAAGGUCUGAGGAAAAAAUUGUUACGAAUCACUGAGGAUGAUAGCUUAUUUCAUUCUAGCUCGAGUUCUGAUGAUUCGAGCUCAAGUUCGAGUUACAGUGACAGUAGUUCAUAUGAGAGAGAUAAUGAUGAUGAACAUGACCAUAGGAAAAUUAUCAUGAUCAACAAGAAGCCCACACCACCGUUGCCGUCUUUCAUUUUUUUACCAAACAUUGAUACACCAUUUUAUCCACCUAUUGGACUACCUCCUCCACCAAUUAUUCCUAUGUAUCCAAUGGUGCCUGUACCGCCGAUGAGUCCUAAAUAUCCAGCUAUUCCGAAGCCUGAAAAUGAAAAAACCACAACAACAAAACAAACCAAACAUAAUGAAAGUGUAAUUAUAACUCCUACAGAAGCCACUCCAAAUAAAAUUGAGCCCACCAACCCUCCCCCGAGUGAAAAACCACCACCAGAAAAUGUAAAAAGAAGCAAGAAAGAAAAGAUUGACCGUCGAAAUGAAUUCUUGAAACAAAUACGAGAAAAAAUUAAAAGACACAAAAUGCCACCGAACUAUUUUGGAGAUCAAUAUGAGGAACCAAAUUUGCACUCACUCGAUGACAAUUUUCCACUGGAACCUUUCUCAUACAACGAAAUAAAACCGAAGGCAGAUGAGACUCCUAAAAUAGAAGAUGUAGAUUUCAAAUACUUAACUCAACUUAUUCAUAGAGUAGAUUUAAAUAAGACUAAAAAUAAAAAUUUUGCUUACAAAACCCCCACGGAGAAUAUGCUGGAAUUUUACAGCCCUGUACCAAAUUUUAGAAGAAAUAAUCUUAAUACAUACAAAACUCCUAUCACUAAUCAAUUUUACCCAAAAGUAGAUCUUGAACAUCGACGGUACUUGCCCAAAACUGACGAUUCAUAUUAUACAAGUCUUGGAAGAGAAAUUGCCUCUUUGAUAAGAAAAAUCGAUACUAAAGGUGAACGUGAAAUUAAUAUAGAAAUUGAACAAGAAAACCAAAAUAAUCAGAAACCAUCGGCAUUUAAUGAAAACCGUUAUGCACCUCGGUCUUAUUGGGAAAGAUCUAUUAGAUCUCUUUUGAUAAACUUAGAUCCAAAUGCAAAUAAAUCUGGAUAUUCUCGUGAUAGUAAUGAAAAAUUGUUCAAUUUAGAAAACCAAGUCGUAGCAGCUACCACUAAACCAUCUCUAAAUCUACAAGAAUUAGAAAAUAUUGUUAAUAUUAUAGAAAGAACACAAUCACAAGAAAAAAAUUAUAAAACAAAAAACAAUAAAACUCCUUCAAGUAACAUAAACAGUAAUGUAUUUCCGAAGGGCAUUAGACGAUCAAAUACUAUUAUAAGAUACGUUACAAAACCAAAAGCUGAUUACAUCAAUGAUACUCGGAUAAUAUCUACUAUAUCACAUCAUGGUACAUCAAAUGUGUCUAACGUAAAAGACCGAAUAUUAAGGACAAAUGUUAAAAAUGAAACAAAAAAUCAAUUUACGCCAUCAAAGGAUAUCAAUAAAAUUAACUUAAGCACCCUACACAAUAUAUUGCAAAAACAACAUCUAUCACCAAUGCACCAUGAUUCGAAAAAAAUACAAAAUAAUAUAAAGUACUCAUAUCAACUGGACCCACUGAUACUUAAUCCUCCAACUAUUGAGUUCGAGUCGACGCUCUCGACUCGUAAGUAUGAUUACGACCUCUCAGCACAACAGAUUGACGUCACACAUAAAUCUAAGUUCACAGAUUCAAACUUUAGACAUUUACGAAACAACGUUGAAACGUUAGAAAGAUCCAUGAACUUAUAA